UCGGUUGCCGUCGAUCGUUUGGUAGCCGACAUAUUAUCUUUGAAGAGAACGCUUUGCAUAUAAGAAAUGAACAUCUUUUUGCCCAUUAGCAGUUGGUAGAUAAUGGUAUUAUAUCAUGAGACGUAAUUUGAUAUGCCAGUUCUGUUAGAUGGGAACACUAUCUGCUUCGCAUGUAUAUACAAGUUUCCGGUGAACCAAAAUAAGAAGAGAAACCUUUGUUUGAGUUAAUGAAUUAAAAACUAUUUGAAAGUGAUCUGUGGAACAGUAUAAUUCAGAGAGAUGAGGAUGGAAGUUACAGAGUCACAACCUUUCAAAAACUUAAAAGAAUUAUUCGAUAACGUGGGUAACUUGAAACCAUGGCCAGAAACUGGAGAACUACGAGAUUCAACUGAUUAUGUGUACAGUGGUUUAGAAAUAAGCGCAGGAAGAACGCGGUUAGAAAAAUUGGAUAGAGAAGUACAUCCGAAAACGUUGCUCUGUCAUGAUAUGAAAGGUGGCUACCUAGAAGACAGAUUUAUAUAUGGAUCAGAAUCUUAUGAUUCUUACCUAUUUUAUCACUGGAGUGUUAUUGACACUUUUGUGUAUUUUAGUCAUCAUUUCAUAACUGUGCCCCCUUUUGGAUGGAUUAAUGCAGCACAUAAUCAUGGUGUAAAAGUUCUUGGUACUGUAAUUACGGAAAGAGAAGGUAUCUGGGAUGUUAUACUUGAAUCUCAUGAAGAAGUAAGAAGAUUUGCAGAUGCACUAAUACUUGUUGCAAAAUUUUAUAAGUUUGAUGGUUGGUUAUUAAAUAUUGAAAAUACCAUUAAAAGUGAGCAAGUUAAUAAUUUAAUUUAUUUUGUAAAAUAUCUAACAGAAAAUAUUCAUGAAGCAAUUAGAAAUUCUGAAAUUAUAUGGUACGAUAGCGUAACCAAUGAAGGAAAAUUAAAUUGGCAAAAUGAGCUUAACAGUAAAAACAUAGAUUUCUUUUUAAGCUGCGAUGCCAUUUACUUGAAUUAUAACUGGACGAAAUCAAAAUUGAAAAACAGUUUGGCACUUGCAAAAAAUCACAGUCGAGAUAUUCAUGAUAUAUAUGUAGGAGUUGAUAUUUGGGGAAGAGGUUGUCCUGGCGGUGGUGGAUUUAAUUCAUUAUAUCAAAAAAUACGACACGAAGGACUUUCUGUUGCACUUUUUGGUCCAGGUUGGACUCACGAAUUUUUCGGAUCUAAGACAUUCCAAGAAGUAGAAGAUCUAUUUUGGGCACAGUUGUUUCCUUAUUUAUACGUUCAUGUAUCUAUCUACGAAGAAGAAGUAUUCAAAACAUCAUUUUGCCGUGGCAGUGGUAGCAUGUAUUAUCGCUGUGGUCAGGCACUAUAUGAAAGGGAUGGAAAAAGAUUUAAACAAAAACCAUUUUACAAUUUAUCCCUGCAAAAUCCACAAAUUUCAGUACCUAUACCGCACAUGAAAUUUACAUCAUCGCCUCAACUUCCAGAACCGAAAAGUGAAAACGAUCGAAAUGAGUGUUCAGAAGAACCGAUACAUUAUGUUUAUGAAACGAGGAAGAAUGUUGUUCGAGUAUUAAAAAAUGUUGUAAAUAUUGAAAAUAAAAUGCCAAUGCUAUAUGUAAAUAGCUUCGAAUUUUGCAGCGAGUUCUCUUUCAGAGGUGGUGGUUGCAUAAAAUUAACUACAAAUGAUCUUACAACUAGGUCAUAUCACAGACUAUUUCUCGUUCACAUCGAAUUUCAACAAGACAUUGUAGCAAUCAUUGCUUAUAAAAAAAUGGAGUCGUCCAUAGCAAAUGGAAGUCAACCCGAACCAAUACUAGUUCUCGGCAAUAAUACAGGCUUAAAAUCCAUCGUUCAUUAUAAAUCAAGGAAUUUGGUUGCCAACUGGAAGAGAUGUGUUUACCGAACGAACAUGAGGACUGUGAACGAAAUUGGUAUAUCUUUUGCGAGGAGUAACGUCUGCUAUCUGGGAAAGAUCGUCCUCAAACAAAAGCAUCGACACCUGGACGGUACAACGUCGACUAAAUCUAUCUCUGCAAAUAUUGCCAAUGUUAAAUUUGAUAUUAACAGAGAUGGCCAACAGGAGAUUGAUGUUACAAUAUCUAAAAGUAACUUUAUAUGCGACAUGUUUGAAGGAGGAAAAAAUACAAAUACAGCUUCGUCGAUCUCAGAAAAUAGAAAUAAAUUUCGAAGAAUUGAAGGUGAUGAUGCAAAGGCCGAUGUAAAGCAAGAUUCAGAAAAUCUGAAGAAAGACUCAAUGCCAGAAUUUCCAGCGAUUAAGACUUCUAGUACAAUAGUAGAUACAUUACAUAUUUCCAACGCUUUUAAUGCUCUAACAUUGUCAAAUAAUAAAUACGUAAAAACUGCACAAACACUUGAACCAGUUUCACGUGCAUGCCAAGAAGAAUGGACCGAUAAAUGGAAUAACCUUGAAUUUCCAGCUCCCAAAUCGUCAAUUUUAACACCAGUUACUUUUAGUUUAUCUAAAAAACAAUAUUCAUUUGGUGACACAAGUACGAGUCAGUUUCUUGGUUCUCCAACGUCAGAAAGUAAAGAGUCAGCGUGUGAUAACGCAGAAAGUAGAUCUACGCCUUUCUGGUGGAAAUCAACAACGACAACAACAUUAUCAAGUCCAGCAUUCCAAGUACCUACUGCAGCACAAACUUUGCAUAAAUCUGAAACAUCCAAAUCAUCAAUUUUAAAACCACCUACUUUUAGUUUAUCUAAAAAACAAUAUUCAUUUGGUGACACAAGUACGAGCCAGUUUCUUGGUUCUCCAACGUCAAAAAGUAAAGAGUCAGCGUGUGAUAACGCAGAAAGUAGAUCUACGCCUUUCUGGUGGAAAUCAACAACGACAACAACAUUAUCAAGUCCAGCAUUCCAAGUACCUACUGCAGCACAAACUUUGCAUAAAUCUGAAACAUCCAAAUCAUCAAUUUUAAAACCACCUACUUUUAGUUUAUCUAAAAAACAAUAUUCAUUUGGUGACACAAGUACGAGCCAGUUUCUUGGUUCUCCAACGUCAAAAAGUAAAGAGUCAGCGUGUGAUAACGCAGAAAGUAGAUCUACGCCUUUCUGGUGGAAAUCAACAACGACAACAACAUUAUCAAGUCCAGCAUUCCAAGUACCUACUGCAGCACAAACUUUGCAUAAUUCUCGAACAUCCAAAUCAUCAAUUUUAAAACCAGCUACUUUUAGUUUAUCUAAUAAACAAUGUGAAUUUGGUGGCGCAAUUUCACGUAAAUCUUGCACUUCUCCAGUGCUAGAAAAUAAACCUGCAGCUUGCGAUUCAACACCAACAAACCAAAAAGAAACAACAUAUAAUACAACACUCGGGAUGCCAACUGUACGUGGCACAUUGUCAGUGACAUCAGUAGUAUCUGGUGAUAGUACUGUUAGAACGUCUACCGGCGAGUCAACGCCUCUUAUACGUGUAUAUCAAAAAUUUAUAUUUAACGCCAUUCCUACUGAACCGGCUGUAAUGCCUGGGACUCGAUUCAAUUUUCCUACGAAUAUGAUACCUCCUGUAUCGACUCAGAUUCAAAUAUCGAUUGAUUCCACCGAUUAUACAUUUAACGGACCUAAUCCGGAACUAGCAGCAUUUCCGCAAUGUCCAACUACAAGUUCAUUUUCUAUAUCGCAACCUGUUACCCAAAGUCAACAAUUGUCUACUUCAUCAUCUAUUCCUCUAGAAUGCGCAUUUAAUUUUGAUUCGUCACCAGGAGAUCAUACAGCUGAACCUGGUUCAAUCCAGUCCGAAGGAUUUAAUUUUAAUCCCAAUACUAGACCAUCGUUCCGUUUUAGUGUUUAUGAAUUUAAGUAUCUACAAAAUAUAAAAUUAUUUUACACAUUAAUAGCAGGAUCUUUUUUCCAUAAAAAAAUGUGUUGCCAUGUGUUGUUUUAGUGCACCUACUCAAGUACAACGAGAUACUGCGUCUACUCGAGUACAACGAAAUACUGCGUCUACUCUAGUACAACAAAAUACUGCCACCAUCAAUUACCGCCCAAUGAUCAGUCCCACUCGAUUACUCAAUCCACGAAAGAUCAGGAAAGCUUUUAGAAGAUUAAAAUAGGAGUCAAGUAACGGCAUUCUUUUUAUACAGUUGCUCAUGAAGGUAUUCAUAUUCUUGCAGAAGACACCUUUUAUGAAUAUACUAUAUGUCUUGAAAGAAACAUUUUGAAAUGUCAUUAGUAUUGUAACAAAAUCCGAUUGUCAUAGCUAUAUUGGUAAAGUUUUUAGCAAAUCUGAAAAUAUACAUAGAUAUUACAAAACACCUAACACAAGUAUGCAGAUAUUUUGUAGAAAUCAAUAAAGUAUUUAAACAGUCAUUUAACAUUUCAUCAAACAUUUUCCAUAUGUAUGAAAUAAGCCUAAAUAUUUACUGGAACCACUUUUGAGAUUUUUUCUAGGCAUACCAAGGAGGCUAUUAAUGCUGUGUGCUAAUCUUUAUUAAAUAUAUGUUUGUAAAUAACUUUUAUGUAUAUUUUCAGAUUGGUUUUUGGCUUUUCUAUCAUAAAAAUAGUAGUUGCAAAAUACUUUUAUGAGCCAUUGUAUCUAUUUCAUACAAUCGUGAGAAAACAAGUCGAAGAUGCUUCGUUUUCGAAGAAAAAAGAAAAAAGAAAAAAGAAACGAUUUUGAACAUUUUCUCGAUGCUGCUAUACGCACAUACUCUUUAUGAUAUAUCAAUUCUUGGAUCAAUAACGAACUUUCAUUAUUGAUGAGCUGCUGCUAGUGGAUGAGGAAACUUAAUAAAAUAUCGAAUGUCUGCAAUUUAUUGAGAAUAACGAGUUUAUGUGGGUAACAGAUAUAUCCUUUCAUUAAGCAUAGGUCUUAUAUAACUCGUUUAUAGUUGAGAAGGAAAAUACUAAUCAGUACUAAUUAAAUUCAUGAAUUAAUAACUUUUUUUUUGUAACGAAAGAAAUGUUGCGAUG